GCGCGCUCGAGUGUUCUUGCGCCUGAGCUGAAUCUCUCCACCCGUAGUGGCGAUGUCCAGCCGGUCUAAGCGGGAGUCUCGUGGUUCUGUCCGCGGGAAGCGGGAGUCCGAGUCUCGGGGCAGCUCGGGUCGCGUCAAGAGGGAGCGAGAUCGUGAGCGGGAGCCCGAGGCGGCGAGCGGCCCGGUGCGUGUGAAGCGGGAGGUAGAGCCGGCGAGUUCGCGUGAGGCCCCGGCGCCCGCGCUCUCGGCAGUGCGCGUGAAGCGGGAGCGCGAAGUCGACGAAGACUCGGAGCCCGAGCGGGAGGUGCGAGCAAAGAAUGGCCGUGUGGAUUCUGAGGACCGGAGGAGCCGCCACUGCCCAUACCUGGAUACCAUUAACAGGAGUGUGCUGGACUUUGACUUUGAGAAACUCUGUUCUAUUUCCCUUUCACAUAUUAAUGCAUAUGCCUGUCUCGUGUGUGGCAAGUACUUUCAAGGUCGGGGCUUAAAGUCUCAUGCCUAUAUUCACAGUGUCCAGUUCAGCCACCAUGUCUUCCUCAACCUCCACACCCUCAAGUUUUACUGCCUUCCAGACAACUAUGAGAUCAUCGACUCCUCGUUGGAGGAUAUCACGUAUGUGUUGAAGCCUACUUUCACAAAGCAGCAAAUUGCAAACUUGGACAAGCAAGCCAAAUUGUCGCGGGCAUAUGAUGGUACCACUUACUUGCCAGGGAUCGUGGGACUGAAUAACAUAAAAGCCAACGACUAUGCGAAUGCUGUGCUUCAGGCUCUGUCUAAUGUUCCUCCUCUCCGGAACUAUUUCUUGGAAGAAGACAAUUAUAAGAAUAUCAAACGUCCUCCAGGGGAUAUCAUGUUCUUGUUGGUCCAGCGUUUUGGAGAACUGAUGAGAAAGCUCUGGAACCCCCGAAAUUUCAAGGCACACGUUUCUCCUCAUGAGAUGCUUCAGGCUGUUGUCCUUUGCAGCAAGAAGACUUUUCAGAUCACUAAACAAGGGGAUGGAGUCGACUUUCUGUCUUGGUUUCUGAAUGCUCUGCACUCAGCUCUGGGUGGUACGAAGAAGAAGAAGAAGACUAUUGUGACUGAUGUUUUCCAGGGCUCCAUGAGAAUCUUCACUAAGAAGCUUCCCCAUCCUGAUCUGCCGGCAGAAGAGAAAGAGCAGCUACUCCAUAAUGAUGAGUACCAGGAGACGAUGGUGGAGUCAACAUUCAUGUACCUCACACUGGACCUUCCCACUGCCCCCCUCUAUAAGGAUGAGAAGGAGCAGCUCAUCAUCCCCCAGGUGCCACUCUUCAACAUCCUGGCCAAGUUCAACGGCAUCACCGAGAAGGAAUAUAAGACUUACAAGGAGAACUUUCUGAAACGCUUCCAGCUCACCAAGCUGCCUCCAUAUCUAAUCUUUUGCAUCAAGAGAUUUACUAAGAACAAUUUCUUUGUGGAGAAGAACCCGACGAUUGUAAAUUUUCCUAUCACAAAUGUGGAUCUGAGAGAAUACUUGUCUGAAGAAGUACAAGCUGUCCACAAGAAUACCACUUACGACCUCAUUGCCAACAUCGUGCACGAUGGCAAGCCCUCUGAGGGCUCCUACCGGAUCCAUGUGCUUCAUCAUGGGACUGGCAAGUGGUAUGAAUUACAAGACCUCCAGGUGACUGACAUCCUCCCCCAGAUGAUCACUCUGUCCGAGGCUUACAUUCAGAUUUGGAAGAGGCGGGAUAACGAUGAAACCAACCAGCAGGGGGCUUGAAAGAUGUGUCUGGGGCUUUGCUCUCGGCUUUGACUGAGGCUGGUAAAGAGAAUACUGAAGCUGAAGCUGAACAUGGUCUGACUGGAAGGUUCUGGACCAUCCUAGUUCUUGUGGGUUCUGACUACAUCAGGGCAUCAAGGAGCCCUGAUUAGCUUGUUGCAGGUGAAGCGCCUUUCUCCUUCCCAUCCAGCUUCUUUCCAGCCUCAGCAGACAGAACUCUUACAGGUGGAUGCCAUUUAUUUGAAUUGUUUUGAGUAUCCAAGGCCAAAUAAUUCCUCACAAACAUGAAGCCUUGAGAUUCUAGGAAUAAGCACGAGGCCAGCAGCAUUCUGUCUCUCAUAGGAGAUGUGUUUUCCUAUAGUUCCCUUCAUCUCCUCAUAGGUGUUUUGGAUUAAAUAUCCUAUUUUUAAA